AAUUGCAUCAAUCAUCAUUAUCUAAGCUGUUAUUCAUUUCCAUUCUUUGAUUCCUUCGUCCUCAGAGGGUCAACAGGGACGGCCAUGACCCUAACCCUCCCUCUCACCUUCUCACCAAAACCCUAAUCAUUCAAUCAAUCCAUCCUCCAUUUCCCCCAAUUUCCCAAUCGAAAGUCAACGCUCUCCGGCGCAACCAUGUCAUCCGAGAUCGAGGUCGUCGACGACGACGAGGUGCACCAGUCCCGCGGCAACGACGAUCACCAGCAACCGUCAUCAUCGUCCUCCCCCGCCGAGGAGACACUCCGCAAUGACGUCUACACCGCCGCGGCUUAUGGCGAUUUGGAGAAGCUACAGAGAUUGGUCGAGCAUGAUGGUUGCCCUGUCUCCGAGCCUGAUGGCUUGGGUUACUACGCGCUUCAGUGGGCUGCUCUCAAUAACCGCGCUGCCGCUGCUCAGUACAUCAUUGAGCAUGGGGGAGAUGUAAAUGCCACAGAUCAUACUGGCCAGACAGCUCUACAUUGGAGUGCGGUUCGGGGUGCUAUCCAGGUAGCGGAGCUUUUACUCCAAGAGGGUGCUCGAGUGAAUGCUGCCGACAUGAAUGGGUAUCAGACAACACAUGUUGCUGCUCAAUAUGGUCAGACAGCUUACCUUUACCAUGUUGUUUCCAAAUGGAAUGCUGAUCCUGAUGUUCCUGAUAAUGAUGGGAGAAGCCCCUUGCACUGGGCUGCUUACAAAGGUUUUGCCGAUAGUAUACGCCUUCUCUUAUUUCUUGAUGCACAUAGGGGACGCCAGGAUAAAGAGGGUUGUACUCCUCUUCAUUGGGCUGCUAUUAGGGGUAACUUAGAGGCCUGUACUGUGUUAGUACAGGCUGGCAAAAAGGAAGACUUGAUGGUGACUGAUAAUACUGGCCUUACACCAGCCCAGCUUGCUUCUGAUAAGAAUCACAGACAAGUUGCAUUUUUCCUUGGAAAUGCCCGAAGGCUGCUCGACAAACGUUGUGAUGGGAACACCCGCCUUGGGAAGAUAGCUAAAUUAGGACUUGCUCCUGUACUUUGGUUCAUAAUUUUUUUGCUCUUGGUCACCUAUAUUAAUUCAGUCAUCUUGGCAUCAAAUAUGCCAAAGCUGACAGCUGCAGCUGGCCUUCUUGCAUGGUUUGGAGUGUUACUUGCAACUGCUGGAUUGGUGAUGUUUUACAAGUGUAGCAGCAAGGAUCCGGGUUAUAUCAGAGUGAAUGCGCAUGACACUCAGAAUAUGAAAGAUGAUGAGCCUCUUUUGAAGAUUGAGAUAAAUAAUCCUGCUUUGCUGGCUGGAAAUUGGUCCCAGCUUUGUGCAACUUGCAAGAUUGUCAGGCCUCUCCGGGCAAAACACUGUUCUACCUGUGAUCGUUGUGUGGAACAAUUUGAUCAUCAUUGUCCUUGGGUAUCCAAUUGCAUCGGCAAGAAGAACAAAUGGGAUUUCUUUGCUUUUCUUGUUCUUGAAGUUUCGGCAAUGCUGUUUACUGGUGGAGUUUGUCUUACAAGAGUAUUAACUGAUCCAGUUGCUCCUUCUUCGUUUGGGGCAUGGAUUCAUUAUGUUGGUAAGAAUCACGUUGGUGCAAUAUCGUUUCUCAUUGCUGAUUUUUUCCUCUUCUUUGGCGUGUUUGCUUUGACAGUUGUUCAGGCUAGUCAGAUUGCACGCAAUAUCACAACAAAUGAAAUGGCGAAUGUGAUGCGGUAUAGCUACCUCAGAGGUCCAGGUGGUAGAUUCAGAAAUCCAUACGAUCAUGGUAUCAAGAAAAACUGUUCUGAUUUCUUGAUCAAUGGAUACAAUGAAGACGUGGAGGUGGUUGAAGAAUUAGGUCAGUCGGAGGAGGGUGUUGGAAUGAUGCACAUGACAAGGAACUCAAACUUAGCAAAUGGAGACUCACAUUCGCAUUCUGAACAUGCAACGGGCACUGGGAAUGGUCAUCAUAUUAUUAAUGUGAAUUCCAAUAAUAGCAACUCCAAAACACAUCAUGGUCAUGUUAAUGGUCAUGUUCAUUCUUCAAAUUGUAGUCAUGCUAACCAAGGCAAAACCAGAAAUGACAGCACUCCUGUGGGCUUAGGUCUUGGCCUUGGACGGAACUCUAGAUCUGUUGCACCCUCAUCAUGAUAUUUACAUGUCUGGUUGUACCUAACUGUAAUGUAUCAUAGAUAUGUCUGGGUUAGUUUACGUAAUUCAAUUUAUUGUGGCUCUUUUUGUGCAA